AAAGAACAACAGCUCUGUCGAUAGAACAGCAUUCAUCAAAGUUGACUUAAUGAUACUGUCAGCAAAAGUCUUCAUUCUAAGCAACCGAACAGGCAUAUAAUAAGGACAUUAGCUGUUAUUAUCCUUCCUGUAAUUGCUGUAGUUGUGACAGCAAUAGUUCUCAUAACUUGUUAUAAGAAUGAUCAAAGGAAAAUGAUGCGAAAUUGGGAAAUCAAAGAUGAUGCAACUAGAAAUGAGAGUAUAGAAUCAUGCUUUGAAUUCAGCUUCAGUACAAUAAGAGCUUCAACAAAUAACUUCUCCAGUUCCAACAAGCUUGGACAAGGUGGCUUUGGUAUAGUUUACAAGGGUAGGCUUCCAAAUGGCCGGCUAAUUGCUGCUAAGAGACUGAUGCGUCACUCUGCACAUGGUGAAGUGGAAUUUAAGAAUGAAGUGAAAUUAGUGGCCAGACUUCAUCACAACAAUCUUCUUAGGCUCAUUGGAUUUUGCGUGCAAGGGAAUGAACGGAUCUUAAUCUAUGAAUUUGCACCUAAUGGAAGCCUAGAUUUCGUCUUAUUUGAUGCUAUGAGACGAGAACAUUUAACUUGGGAGAUUCGAUACAAAAUCAUACAGGGCAUAGCACGUGGAUUGCUUUAUCUUCAUGAAGAAUCUCAAGAGAGGAUUUUUCACCGUGAUCUCAAAGCCAGUAAUGUUUUACUAGACGAAAACAUGAAUCCUAAAAUUUCUGAUUUCGGGACUGCAAGACUGUUUCUCGAAGAUCAGACCAGUGCUUCCAGAAUUGUGGGUACAUAUGGUUACAUGGCUCCUGAAUAUGCAAAGUAUGGGAAGAUAUCGGUAAAGGUUGAUGUGUUCAGCUUUGGUGUCUUACUCUUGGAGAUUGUCAGUGGGAGGAAAAAUAGUACAUCUCACAGCCCAAAGCAGAUGGAACACCUAUUAAGCAAGUCAUGGAAACUUUGGACAUCAGGAAAAGUUCUGGAAUUGAUAGACCCUAUAUUACUGAAGACAGAUUCUCCAGUGGAAGAGAUAACAAGAUGCAUCCAUAUAGGGUUACUGUGUGUUCAAAAAAACGCGGCUUGUAGGCCUACCAUGAACUUAGUUAUUCUAAUGCUUGAGUGCUGUUCACAGUGCCUCCUACCUCCUUCAGAACCAGCAUACCUUAUAGAUUUUGGUGAUGAAGAAGAACCAAAUGUGCCAGUGAUCGGGGAUCAUUUAUAUUCACCAACUGCUUUAUUAUCAACAUCAAGCAAUAGCACCUUGUCGAUUAAUCAGGUGUCAAUCACUGAUCCAUACCCAGAACCACGAUGAAGCUGCUGUAAGAAAGUUGUAGUUAUUCCAUGAUUAGGAAAGUAAAUGAGUAGCAAACAACUGACUUUAGAAUCUCAUUAAUAUUAUGGUUGUCUUUGAAUUGUGUCUAUAA